AACUGGCUCAACUCAAUGUAAGUGAACAAUGCACUACAUUUCCCAGAAUGCACUGGGCAGAGUUAGAGGUUAUUUGGACAUGUGUAGUUCUCCACAGCAACUGCAGCCAACGUUCACUAAGAAAUACGAACUUUGCACCAACAUGUUGUGAAAUAUUCGUUAUCUUCCGCAGACAUAGGUGAGUGCUGCUGCUCUGCCACGGUUCACUCGCUGCGUAUGAAAGACAGCGACACCGCCGCGGUGCGGAACAACAAUCCCGCUGGAAAGAGUCGCUCGGUGCCGCUGGACUGCUGCGGAGGACUCAGCAACGUGGACUACUCCGAGAUGGACCUGACACCGAUGAAAGAACUCCUGAAACACAUCGACUUUCAUGACUCCAGCUUUUGUAUCGCUGUGAUCGCCAUCAUUUUUAACCCUCUCUUCUGGAAUGUGGUGGCGAGAUGGGAACAUCGUACACGGAGAAUCUCCAGGCUCUUCGGCAGCCCUUACCUGGCCUGUUACUGCCUGGGCUUUGUCAUCAUUUUGCUCAACGUCUACCGCAGCCACAGUAUGACAGUGGCGAUGAAGGCCCAGGCCAGGUGGGAAGUGAUGGACAGGACAGAUGUCUUCUACACUGGUGUAGCACUCAUGGUGGUGGGCACUCUACUGGUGGUCAGCAGCUUCCUCGCUCUAGGAUUCACUGGAACCUUCCUAGGUGAUUACUUUGGCAUCCUGAUGGAUGAGAAGGUGACAGGCUUUCCCUUCAACAUCAUAGAGAACCCGAUGUACUGGGGCAGCACUGCCAACUACCUCGGCCUGGCACUCAUUGGUGCCAGUCCUGUUGGACUUGUCCUUACUGCCAUAGUAGCUGUGGCUUACAAGGUGGCAUUACGCUUUGAGGGACCAUUCACUGAACAGAUCUAUCAGGAGAGGAGUCAGCGCCACAAGCAUGAUUAAUCACCUCGCAGACGCUUCCUGCUCCUGGUUUGGCUGAGGAUUCUCAUCCUGUCAGGUGGACAGACAGAUGGACUGACCGACAGACAGACUUCUCAGCAGCCUUGAUCACUAAUCCACCUCCAGCGUGGAUACAAAGGAAACAUUUACACUGCAUCUCCAAGUGUUCCUCUUCUAAUUUAGUUUAAACUCAUCUGAAGAAUGUGGAAGCUACACUGAGCCAUUUUUCUAUUGCAAUUCUGAGCCACAUGACCAUGACAUACUUAAUUAGGCUAAAGAUGUCAAGUAAAAGAAAUAGUAGGAGUACUACUAUAUGCAUAAAAAUCAGUUGGACUCACCCUUUUAAAUUCCUCAACCUCAACUGAAAAGAAGCGAUAGAAAUCCAACUAGUUCAUUCAUUUUACAUGUUCUACCAUCCACCGCUCACUUACUUCUCAGACCAUAGACAAUAGAAAUACAUUUUUCUUGCUCAGAUGUUCUGUUAUAUGAAUGACCCAGUGAUGUUAAUUACUUUUGUGAUGUUAAUAACAUUUCAUAUCAUUCCAGGUUUAUCUUCCUAUCCUGAUGUAUUACUGUGUUAACACAAACAGCCUUUGGACCUACAGACACUGUUAUUUUUGUACAUAAAAUGCCGUAAAAAAGAAGUGAUAGAAGUCCAACUAGUUCAUCAUAGCAGCUAGCAUAUUUCUCAAAACAUUUUUUCGCUAGUUCAUCACUGCCACAAGUUCUCGACUGAUUACAAAUACUGCAGUUCUUAUAAAAACCCGACAUGACGACCACACUUAAUGACAGCACUGCUAGAUUUGAUGGUGCACCUGUUUAAAGUGACAUCAUCCUGGAUCAGCUGUGUCCUUCCAAACAAAACAAAACAACUAAGAGAUGAGGAUCAUGAAGACCUCAGACAUUCAGAAUAGAAUUCUAGUUCUGGCUUCAUAAUGUACCUAUGCAAACCAUUCCCAACUGGACAACACACACUGUUUGGUGAUGUACUGUACAUUGAUGGGGUUUAUUUUUAUGUAAUAAAAGAAUGAGUCAGGGUGCAAAGCA